GGGAGCCGCUGCCGUGCGGGAGCGAAUGACUGCGCGAGGCCUGGCGCCGGACAGCCUCCCGGGGGAGCUGCUGUUGCCGCCGCCGCCGCGAGGCCGGCGCGGGCCGGAUUGGGCCUGUGAGGCUGGAGGGCCGGCCGGGGCCCGUGUCGGAGAUGAGGCCACUAAAGCAGACGGAGGCCGAGUAAUCGCUGGUGCGUGGAGGAGCCGGGAUCAGACCGGGACUGACUCGUGUCGCCCCUCGACGCGAGCUCUGCCUUUUCAGGGUAAAGCGCUUCUCAUGAGGAGCCAGGAAGAGGAAGAGGAGAUGGGAGUUGAACUUCUUAAAGCCAUGCUCCUGGAUUCAGUGACUUUCACGGAUGUGGCCAUAGAUUUCUCCCAAGAUGAAUGGGAAGGGCUGAAUCUUGCUCAAAGGACUUUGUAUAAGAAUGUGAUGUUGGAGAACUACAGGAACCUGGUUUCAGUGGGUCUUUGCAUUUCUAAACCAGAUGUGAUCUCCUUAUUGGAGCAAGGGGAAGGUCCCAGGGCGGAGACGGGAGAAGUGACACGGGCCCUCUGCCCAGAUUUGGAGUAUGUUGAGAUGACCAAGGAAUUAUCUCCAAACCAAGAUAUUUAUGAAGAGAAGUUAUCUCAGGCAGUGAUAGUGGAAAGACUUCCAAGCUGUGACCUUACCUGUUCCACAGCAGGGGAAAACUUGAACUGUGAAAACCUGUUUAAGAAGGAGCUGGUAAGUCAGAAGACACAUGUUAGUCAAGAGACAGUCACUCAUAUCGGUACCCUUAUUGAGGAAAGAGUCGACAUUAACGAAUCUGGAACACUUUUCCAUCUGAAUAGAUUAUCUUGUCUAGAGCAGGUAUUUCCCAUAGAAGAGAGAAUACAUAAUUUUGACACAGAUAAGAAAAGUUUAAAAACCCAUUCAUUUGUCAGAAAACAUAAGCAAGCCUAUGGAGAAAAGAAACUUUUGAAAUGUAAUGACUGUGAGAAAACUUUCAGCAAAAUCUCAGCCCUUACCCUUCAUCAGAGAAUUCACACCGGAGAGAAACCCUAUGAAUGUAUUGACUGUGGGAAAGCCUUCAGCCAGAGUGCCCAGCUUGCUAAACACCAGAGGAUACACACGGGAGAAAAACCCUUUGAAUGUACGGAAUGUGGGAAAGCCUUCAGCCAGAAUGCUUGUCUUAUUCAACACCGGAGAGUUCAUACUGGAGAGAAGCCUUACCAGUGUAAGCAGUGCAAUAAAGCCUUCAGCCGGCUUGCACAUCUCUUUCGACACCGGAGAGUUCAUACUGGAGAGAGACCCUAUGAAUGUGUUGAAUGUGGGAAGACCUUUAGUGAUUGUUCAUCCCUAGCUCAUCAUCGAAGGAUUCACACUGGAAAAAGACCGUACGAAUGUAUUGACUGUGGGAAAGCUUUCAGGCAGAAUGUUUGUCUGAUACGUCAUCGGAGGUAUUAUCACACUGGAGAGAAACCAUUUGAUUGUAUUUAUUGUGGGAAGGCUUUCACUGAUCACACAGGACUUAUUCAGCAUAAGAGAAUUCAUACUGGAGAGAGACCUUACAGAUGUAAUGUGUGUGGGAAGGCUUUUAGCCGUGGCUCUUCCCUGACUGUCCAUCAGAGAAUUCAUACAGGAGAAAAACCUUAUGAGUGCAGUAUCUGUGAGAAAGCCUUUACCCAUCGGGGUUCGCUUACUGUGCAUCAGAGAGUUCAUACUGGAGAAAAACCCUACAAGUGUAAGGAAUGUGGGAAGGCUUUUCGGCGGAGCACACCCCUCGCUCAUCAUCAGAGAAUUCAUACUGGAGAGAAACCUUAAGAAUGUAAGGAGUGCAGCAAAACUUGCAGCCAGAAUGCGCACCUUGCGCAACAUCAGAAAAUACACACUAGAAAGAAACCUUAUGAAUGUAAGGAAUGUGGUAAGGCUUUCAGUCAAAUCGCACACUUUGUUCAACAUCAGAGACUCCACACUGGCAAAAGACCAUAUGAAUGUCUUGAAUGUGGAAAGGCAUUCAGACAGAAGGCAUCCCUGAUUUGUCACCAGAGGUGUCAUACAGGCGAGAAGCCUUAUGGAUGUAACGUUUGUGGGAAAGCCUUUAGCCACCGUAAAUCCCUUACUCGACAUCAGAGGAUUCAUACAGGAGAAAAGCCUUAUGAGUGUAAAGAAUGUAGCAAAGCCUUCAGCCAGAUUGCCCAUCUGAAGCUCCAUAAGAGAAUUCAUACUGGGGGGAGGCCCUAUGAGUGUAGGAACUGUGGGAAAGCCUUCAGGCAGAGUGUGCAUCUGGCUCAUCAUCAGCGAGUUCAUGCUGGAGAAUCAUCCUCAGCUGCCCACUCCCCCUCACCCCCAUACCACCAAGUCCUCUAGAUCUGAUCUUCUGAACGCCUCUAGAAUCCGUCCGCCAUUUUCCAGUAUGUCCCAUUAUUGUAGUCCAAGCUGUAACCAUCUCAUUUUGAUUUUUACAAGGGUUACAACCAUUUUCCCUCUAGCUCCCCUCAAAUGCAUUUUUAACACUGUAGCCAGCUUCAUCUUUUAAAAAUAAA